CAAAAUGUGGUGUAAAUAUUACUCUACACUAGUUUUUCCAUUCUUUUGCUUCUUUUUGAGUGUAAAUUACUACACUACCCUUGCUUCAGCUAAUAGUGAAUGCUUGAAAACAAGAUGUAAUCACAAAGAUGCUCCAAGUCCAACUAUUCAAUACCCUUUUAGACUUCAAAAUAUUCAAUCACAAAAUUGUGGAAAAAUUGGGUUUGAUAUUUCAUGCAAUAAGAAUCACCAAACCAUACUAGAAUUGCCAAAUUCAAUAAACUUUGUUGUCAACAAAAUUGAUUACAAGUCACAAAAGAUUCAUGUGACCAACCCAAAUGGAUGUCUUCCAAAACUCCUUUCAAAUCUAAAUAUAACUUCUACUCCUUUUCAUUUUUUUGAUUAUUCAAAUUCCAAUUAUACCCUCUUCAAUUGUUCAUCCAUGAACACUGCUUUACAAUCUCAUUAUUCUUCCAUUAAAUGUCUUUCUUCUCAUGGAUACCAAGUUUAUGCAUUGAAUUCUACACUUAGAAUUAAGGAUGUUACUUUGACAUAUUGUACCAAGUUGUAUGAUAUGUCUUUUGUUCCAAAAGAUGUUGUAUUUAGCAAUGGAGUUGAUCUUGUUUUAGGAUGGGAUACAAGUUGUAGCAAUGGAAGUAAAAUAGAACAUGAUUGUUACAACAUUGUCAACGAAUCUAACGGUGGAAAGAAAAAAGAGCAGAUUCUAGUACCAAUACUAUCAUGUCUUGGAAUUUUACUACUAGUCACUAUAUUAUAUCAUGUUCGAUAUCGAACUCAAAAAGAAGAGAAUGAAGCAAGAAUAGAGAAGUUCUUAGAAGAUUAUAGAGCAUUAAAACCAACAAGGUAUUCCUAUUCUGACAUAAAAAGGAUCACAAACAAUUUCAAGAAUGAACUUGGACAAGGAGCAUACGGAACGGUGUACAAAGGUAAACUAUCUGGCGACAUAUAUGUCGCAGUCAAGCUUCUCAAAACAUCCACAGGAAACGGACCUGAGUUCAUCAAUGAAGUAGGAACAAUGAGUCAAAUUCACCACGUCAAUGUUGUUCACUUAGUAGGCUUUUGUGCCGAUGGACACACACGAGCUCUGGUUUACGAGUAUUUACCAAAUGGUUCGUUGCAGAAAUUCAUUUCCACAACGGAUUUUAAAAACCAUUUUUUGAGUUGGGAGAAGUUACAAGAAAUUGCGCUUGGAAUAGCCAAAGGGAUUGAGUAUCUUCACCAAGGAUGUGACCAAAGGAUACUUCACUUCGAUAUAAAACCGCACAAUAUCUUACUUGACAAUAACUUCACUCCCAAGAUAUCUGAUUUUGGUCUAGCUAAACUUUGUUCUAAAGAUCAGAGUGCGGUUUCCAUGACUGCGGCUAGGGGGACUAUUGGUUAUAUAGCACCGGAAGUCUUUUCUAGAAACUUUGGUAAUGUGUCGUAUAAGUCUGAUGUGUAUAGUUUUGGAAUGUUGUUGCUUGAGAUGGUUGGGGGAAGGCAAAAUGCUGAUGUUGUCGAAAAGAGAAGUGGUUUAGGGUAUUUUCCGGAAUGGAUUUAUAAUUUGAUAGAACAAGGGGAUGAUUUGAGCGAACAUAUUGAGGUUGAGAAAUAUGCGAAAAUAGCGAAGAAACUUGCGAUUGCAGGACUUUGGUGUAUUCAAUGGCACCCGGUCGAUCGUCCUUCUAUGCAAGUUGUAGUUCAUAUGUUGGAAGGAGAUGGAGAGAAGUUAAGUAUGCCACCAAAUCCAUUUGCUUCUGCUGAUCCUGCUAUAAUGAAUGCGAGUUUAAUUGGAAGGCACCUUCAUAGAGAGUGAUGAUUCAUGUUAAUAUGGACUAGGUUAGAUAUGUAUAUUGUAUUAAAGAUUAUGAAUGUUAAUUUCAUAUAUAUUUGAUAAGUACUUUUAUUGA